AUGCACCGCAGCGCUCCGCUUUGGAACGCGGUCGUGCGCGAUAGCGAUCAAGAGACGGGACUUUACUACCACGAUCUCGGGAAGGGCGAGUGGGCCGUGAGCCUGCUCGAAAGGGCGCCCAAGGGCCCUUCGAGCCUGUCGGUCAUUGGAAAGAUCGCGCCGCAGAACGCGUCACCGGACGAGUUCGUGCGUGCUAAUCCCGACAAGAUUAACAUGAACCCCGCGUUCUGGGACGCGCUCCACCAGGUGCUCAAGGAGCAGAUUCCCGACGACGUCCAGCUGCAGUUUGAGGCGGACAUGCGCGGGGACGGAUGGGCGCACCUGUGCGACGCACGCCACUUUGCAAUGCCGGGCCGCAUCUCGCCUCCCGAGGCCAUCUUUGGCAGCGUGGCCUUCACCGAGUCGAAGCUCGCGCCGGAGACGUACGAGCGCAACGCGACGUAUCGCUUUGCUGUGAAGCACGAGGGGCCGAUGAAGCUGCGUGAGAACUGGCUUGAUGCGCUCCGUGCUCACAUCAAGAAGCACGAAAACUAA